AAAUAUAAAAAACUCACGCUCCUGUAUAUAUAUAUAUAGUCAUUAGAGAGCACACCCAUCUCACCUUUGUUUGGGAUAGAGCUUGCUGUGGUGCGAUGGCGAAUAUAGACAUCGAGGGGAUACUCAAGGAGCUUCCCAACGAUGGGCGUAUUCCGAAGACGAAGAUCGUGUGCACGCUGGGACCGGCGUCUCGGUCAGUUCCGAUGGUGGAGAAGCUUUUGAGGGCUGGGAUGAAUGUUGCCAGGUUUAAUUUCUCCCACGGGACUCAUGAGUAUCAUCAGGAGACUUUGAAUAAUCUCAGGAUCGCUAUGCAAAAUACUCAGAUCCUCUGUGCUGUCAUGCUCGACACUAAGGGGCCUGAAAUUCGAACUGGUUUCCUAAAGGAUGGAAAACCUAUUCAACUUAAGGAAGGCGAGGAAAUCAUCAUUACUACUGACUACAGCAUCAAGGGGGAUCAGGAGAUGAUCUCCAUGAGCUACAAAAAGCUGCCUGUUGAUUUGAAGCCUGGAAAUACCAUUUUGUGUGCGGAUGGCACCAUCACUCUCACUGUCUUGUCUUGCGAUCCAGCUGCUGGAACAGUGAGAUGCCGAUGUGAGAACACUGCACUUCUAGGAGAGAGAAAGAAUGUCAAUCUUCCUGGUGUUGUGGUGGAUCUUCCAACACUAACUGAGAAGGAUAAGGAAGAUAUUCUGGAAUGGGGUGUUCCCAACAAAAUCGAUAUGAUUGCUCUUUCAUUCGUGCGUAAGGGCUCGGAUCUUGUCCAUGUUCGUAAGGUGCUCGGAUCCCAUGCUAAGCGUAUACAGUUAAUGUCAAAGGUUGAGAACCAAGAGGGUGUUAUCAACUUCGAUGAAAUAUUACGUGAGACUGACUCCUUCAUGGUUGCCCGAGGUGAUCUCGGAAUGGAGAUCCCAGUGGAGAAGAUCUUCCUGGCACAGAAAAUGAUGAUAUACAAGUGUAACCUGGUAGGCAAGCCAGUAGUUACUGCCACUCAGAUGCUUGAAUCCAUGAUCAAAUCUCCCCGGCCAACUCGUGCUGAAGCAACGGAUGUAGCUAAUGCUGUUCUUGAUGGGACUGAUUGUGUCAUGCUCAGUGGAGAGAGUGCAGCUGGGGCUUACCCAGAGCUUGCAGUGAAGAUCAUGGCUCGAAUUUGUAUUGAGGCAGAAUCCUCCCUUGACUAUGGAGCUAUCUUCAAGGAGAGGAUCAGGUCAACUCCUCUUCCAAUGAGCCCAUUGGAGAGCCUUGCAUCCUCAGCUGUUAGAACCGCUAACAAGGCUAAGGCAAAGCUCAUCGUUGUGAUGACUCGUGGUGGGACUACAGCCAAGUUGGUUGCCAAGUACAGGCCAGCUGUUCCAAUCCUAUCUGUGAUUGUGCCAGUUUUAACGACAGACUCAUUUGAUUGGAUCAUCAGUGAUGAGACCCCAGCAAGGCACAGCCUGAUAUACAGGGGCUUGAUUCCAUUACUGGCAGAAGGCUCUGCAAAGGCCACUGAUGCAGAAUCCACGGAGGUGAUCCUGGAUGCUGCCCUGAAGUCGGCAACAGAGAGGGGGCUGUGCAAGGCUGGAGAUGCAGUUGUGGCACUUCAUCGUAUUGGAUCAGCGUCUGUUAUUAAGAUCUGCUUGGUGAAAUGAUAUGGAGUGGCAGAAAGGUGCAGAACCUCUGUUUUGGUUUUUAUUCUUUGUUUUGGUUAGCUAUUUUGCCUUCAGAGUGUUGGAGGACCCAGCUAUUUUUCUUUUGUCUUGAAUUAUGUUAGAGGUUGCAAUCCAGACAAUUUAAAAAGGCAUUGAAUGAUCUUAAAUCUCUAUGUUAGGUUUAUAUCACAAAUUACUGAAGCUGAAGCUGGAAGAUUUUGGUACUUGUUCUCUUCAAUGCUAUGGAUAUUUAUUCAAUCAAUAAAAUGGACUUAAUAUGUUUGAGACUUGUUUGAA